AUGACAUCAUUACCACUGGCCAGCGCACUGGUGUAUAUUUCGGAAUACACCUUGGGUGUACUCCGAAAUAUAUAUCAGUAUACUGGCCAGUGCAGUAUAUCCUUGUCAUUCUCUAUACAGAAUGAAAAGGAGAGACUGAUGUUAAAUUUAAUUUUAAGUUUAGAGAAUCUGCCAGAAUCGACACCAAUAGCACUGGCCAGUAUACUGAUAAAUCCGUGCAUUGCUUAUUUAGUGGUGAAUCAUCGCCCUACAGCUUUAAAGAUGGAGUGGUUGUUUGGUCAUCGCAUGACACCUGAUGAGAUGCUGCGUAAGAACCAGCGUGCUCUGAACAAGGCAAUGCGAGACCUUGACCGAGAACGACUUAAGAUGGAGCAGCAGGAGAAAAAGGUCAUCAAUGAUAUCAAGAAGUUAGCUAAAGAGGGGCAGAUGGAUGCAGUAAAGAUCAUGGCAAAAGACCUGGUACGCACGCGCCGUUACGUGCGAAAGUUCAUGUUGAUGAAGGCGAACAUCCAGGCAGUAUCGCUGAAAAUACAAACUCUCAAGUCGCAGAACACGAUGGCGCAGGCGAUGCGCGGCGUCACACGUGCCAUGGCCACCAUGAACCGACAGCUUAACAUGCCACAAAUACAGAGCAUAUUGCAGGAGUUUGAGAAGCAGUCGGAGAUAAUGGAUAUGAAAGAGGAGAUGAUGAAUGACUCCAUUGACGAGGCCAUGGAAGCUGAUGAUGAUGAGGAGGAAAGUGACGCUGUGGUGUCCCAGAUCCUGGAUGAGCUGGGGCUGCAGCUCAAUGACACUUUGUCUGGCCUGCCGCAGCCUACUGGCUCAUUGUCCGUGCCUGCCGGAAACUGCACUUGUCAAUAUAGGAUAUGGACUGCUGUGCGAGAAAAGAAGGAACGCGAGCGUGCACGACAACUUCUGAAAUCAGUUGCGGUUUCGGCAAAUUUUGGCCGAAACCGAAACUGCCGCCGAAACUUAAUUUUUGGCCGAAAUUCGGCCGAAACCGAAACCGAACUUUCGGUCGAACACUAA